AUGAGCCGAAGCAAACAGGAUAGAGAUUAUGUCAGCACCGAGCAGAUUUCUGACGGCGGAAUUAAGAGAAGACGCGGAGAAGCAACCUCGGCAGUAUCAGUACCGAGCAAAUCUCUGACGGCGGAAGUUAGAGAAAGAGCGGAGGAGCAACGGAAUUCGCGGCGGAGAGAAGAAGCAGAAGAAGAGAGGAAAAUGAAUGAUGGGCCCAGCGCAUGCGAUUUGAAUUUCACUAUAAAUACGGAAAGUUGCCGCUGGCUUUACUACUCAGUGCUCUGGCGACUCAGAUCUGAAGUCCAAACAACGCAACGCUCUCACAGUAUCCACUCAUUCGAGGAGAGGAACAUGGGUCGUGGAGUCAGCAGCGGAGGGGGAGAAAGCUCUUUGGGCUAUCUGUUUGGAGGUGGAGAAGAAACUCAGAAUCCCGUGGCGAAAAGGGGUGCAGCUCCUCAGAACGAGGCGCCGGUUCCAACUGCGGAACCACCUGCUCAGAGGGCUACUGCUCCCGCACCACCUGCAGAAGUCAAUAAGGAGAUUCCCGCUGGCGUACCUGGGAACACUUCAAACAACUAUUUCCGAGCUGAUGGCCAGAACUGCGGCAACUUCAUCACAGAUCGACCAUCAACAAAAGUGCACUCAGCUCCCGGUGGUGGAUCAUCCCUAGACUACCUGUUUGGAGGCGGUGGCGGUGGCAAGUGAAAACCUCACGCCGCUGAAGUUGGAAUCAUCAGUUUGGUCCUCGGGCACCUUUGUAAUUUGGACCCUCUGUAGAUGAUUUCUCCUCUCCAACAUUCUAGCACUUCCUGUGGCGGGGAUUUGUUGGGUUUAGGCUUUUAUGCUGCUGAAACUUUCGAGUUAAGUUGGCCGAUGAUAUUAUCGUUCACAAAUUGCACUACAUGUUCUACAAGGUUUUUUCGUUUUAAUCGAAAUUUGUACAAGUUUU